AGAAAAUCAGCUGCGGUCUUCGCGAAAAUUUGUUUACUGCUCUGAAAAUUAACAUAUUUCGCCUUACCGUCAGCAUGAACGAGUUCAAAGUGCCCGCUCCUCUGCCCAAACCCAAAGUGAUCAUCACGGAAAAGCCGCGCUCCGAAGUUCCCGCGGAGCCGCCACCUCCGCCGCCGAAAAUUCUCAAAGCUCCCAAAUCCUCGCCAGCGGCCGUCUGUCCGUACAAGGUGCCCAAAUGGUCCGCUCCGCCAUCCGGCGAUCAGAAUUACAGCUUUGAGGUGCUCAAAUCCGGCCAGAUUAUCGACACGGUGCGUCAACUGCAGCAACAGGCGGUGUGGACCUUCGGUCGUCUGCCGGAGAACGAUGUGCCUGCUGCCCAUCCAACGAUCUCGCGCUUCCACGUGGUGCUGCAGUACAAGCCCAAGGAUCCGCCAAAGCUAGACUUUGACGAAGUGGAAGAGGCAGAAGACCAGGAGGAGCCAGCUAGAAAUGAACAACCGGAGGGCUGGUAUAUCUACGACAUGGGGAGCACACACGGCACCUUUUUAAACAAACAGCGCGUGCCGCCCAAGGUCUACAUCCGCAUGCGGGUCGGGCAUAUGCUCAAGCUGGGUGGCAGCACCCGCGUUUACAUCCUGCAGGGUCCCGGCGAGGAUGAGGAGCCCGAAUCGGAGCUCUCUGUCACCGAGCUGCGUCAGAAACGGGAGAAGGAACUGGCCGACGCAGCGGUAGAGAGGGAAAUACGGCUUCUUCAAGCCGAGGAGCGGGAGCGCAACGAGGGCGUCAGCUGGGGCAUGGGCGAUGACGCCGACGAGGAGACGGAUCUCAGCCACAAUCCCUAUGCCAGCACCAACAACGAAGAGCUCUUCUUCGAUGACCCUAAGAAAACGUUACGCGGCUUCUUCGAGCGUGAGGGUCUAAAUCUAGAGUACAGAUGCGAUGAACUGUCCACCGGCUCCUUCGUCUGCAGGGUGGAGCUGCCACUAGACGACUCCAAUGGCAGGCCGAUCACUGUGGAGGUCAACCACAAGGGGCGCAAGAAGGACUGCGUAGUGCAGUGCGCCCUGGAGGCAUGUCGCACGCUGGACAGGCACGGUGUACUCCGUCAGGCGAACCAGGAGGCUCAAAAAAGAAAAAUUAUUAAGCCAGGGGACUCUGACGACGAGGAUGAGUUUUGGGAUCGAACUGGGGAUGUGGCGCGCAAGAAGCAGCGGAAGGAGAACGCAGGUGCUAACGUCACCCUUACCUAUGAGGAUUUGCUAAAACAGGAGAUUGACCUUAAUAUGGAAAUGGAUAAGGUAGAACAAGAGAUCGCAUCUUACCAACAAAAGGAGAAAAAGUCUAAAGAGCUGGCCGUCAAGCAGCAAGCUGAAGGCGAUGAUUUGGACAACUUCAUGGAUAUGCUAACCGAAGAUGUUGAGCAAUUGGAUAAAACCGAGAUCAAAAAGCUAAGGUUGGAGCAGCAACGUCUCAAAGGCGAGCAGCAAAAGAUUGAACGCCUCUUAAAGAUAGCCAAGCCAACAGCUUUGCCAUUCGCCACAAGCAGUGCCACAGCCACGAAGGAAUCGUGCGCCCAGGAGGGGAAUGUAGCCAGGAAGCAACUACCCAUGAUUGGCAAAAGGAAUCAGUUCAGCAAAUUCAAGGUGGUCAAAGCGCCGCCGAGCACACAGACUAAGCCCCAAUCAAAUGCAUUUGCCUCGGACGAGGAGGAAGUUGAAGAGGAAGAGCCCGAGGAAGCAGUAAAGGAAAAGAAGGUGGGCUUAUCGAAGGAGGGAGAGGCGGAACAGGAAGCUGUGGCAAAGCCACCGACUCCAGAGAUUGAGAACUUGCAGGAAAGCAAACCUCCUGGCCAAACGGAAGAGAGUAAACCAACAAACGCUGAAGCGGAAGUCUUAAAACCAGACAACGUGAUGUCGACAGCGGAAACUUUGACAGCUCCCAGCGACACUGUUGCUUCAACUAUGGCAGCAGAAGCGAUGGAAAACACCAGCACCCCAGCAGACGACACCCCGGAACCGGGAGCAGAGGAAGCGCAGAAAAAGCGGCGUCAGCGCCAACGACAGCGCAACAAACAGCGGCAGGAUGUGGACAUGGACCUGGACGAGCUGGCCGAGCACGAAGACAGCGAGAAGUACGCCAAGUGGGUGCCACCAUCCAACCAAAGUGGUGACGGCAUCACUCAUUUGAACGAGAAGUUCGGCUACUAGCUCAGCGGUAGCAGUAAAAUACUUCAAAUAUUCAAUUUAGGUAUACUUUUAAACUAGUCUAGACCUGUAAUUGAUGUAUUCUCUAAGACCCUCUCAAUGUAACUUUGUAAAUGUUA